GAUUCCUAGGAGUUGAAUAAUCUCGCAAAGAAGCUUUGAGCCUUUGAGAAUACACAACUGCUUUCCACCAGCAAAGCAAAGCAAAGCAGAGCAGAACAUCGGGAUCUCCUUCCAAGGUUUUCAGCCCACGACGAGCUCCUCCAAGAAGAACAUCGUCGACGACAAGCCCUCGAAUUUCAAAGAAGGACGAUGCCAUCGCUCCUCCAGACGUACAAGAACCUCGUCCUCUACGCCGCCCUGUCCCUCCUCCUCACCCUCCUCCUCUCCCUCCUCCGCGCCCCCGUCCUGUUCCUCCGCGGCCUCUUCACCUACAUCCACCCGGAGAACCUCGGCCAGAGCGCCUCCCAGCCCGGCCUCAGGGCCGCCAUCCGGAGGCCCAGCUCCGAUCCGAGCUCCGGCGUUAAUGGGUACCAGAAUUUGUCCUCCAACGCCGCUGCCGCCAAUGCCGAGGUCAGGAAGAGGGGCAGAUCCAAGGAGAAGUUGGAGUUCGACGAGAACAAUGCCCAGAUCUUCAGGCUCAAGCUGGACGAGGCCCAUCUCGAGUCCAGAAUCUAUUUCGGUGAGUACGGCAGCGUCUUCGCUUUGUCUCUCGUGGGCGUUUCGUGCGCCGCGCUUAACUUGUACUUGGGUGGCGGCGGCGGCGGCGGGGGGCCCGGGGACGGUGGGGUUUUGGCGGACGGGUCUCUGAUUCCGGUCCUGUUCGGGUGCCUUGCGGUUGCCAAGUGGUUCUUGGCGCUCGCUAAGGUUUCUUUCGAGAGGUCGGCCUCCAGGAGGUCGGACAAGCAGCUGAGCUUGUGCUUUGGGGUCUUGGGGUUUAUCGCGGGGCUCUUGAUUUGCUCGUCGCUUGCUCGGUCAAGUCUGGAUUUUGAUUUGGGUGCAGUGGAUGGUUUCUGUGCGAUUUUAAUCGCGGGCUCAAUGGGUUGCCUCGCCGGGUAUCUUUAUAUGCCUGCGGCGAAAAGUGCCCGGGCGUUCUGGCUCGGAACCGAUCAGAUUCGAUCCAACUUGUCCAUAAUUUCUUGCGGAUGGUUUGCGAGAAUGGUGCUCUUUGCGACCUAUCUGUCGAGUAUUUUCACGGCAUUGCUUUGGAUCAAUCCAUUAGCUAAAAUGCUCGUUAAUGAAAGACUCGGUGAUGGUAAGGUGGGGAGCUUAUCUGGUGAUGGUGGAGAUGCCGACAGAUUACUUGGAAAUGUGGGGAUGUCGAGAUCGGAUUUUACCAAGUUUAGGCUUUGGUGCUUGCUGAUAUCGAGUGUCUUGCAAAUCGUGGCUUUUCGAUCGAUCUUUCAAAUGUAUCUGAACGAAGCAGUACUGUCGUGGUACCAGAGGUUGCACUCUAGCAGAGUUCCGGAUUUAGAUUUUAGCAGGGCCAAGGUUUUUCUCCACAAUCACUACCUAUGCCUGACUAUCUUGCAGUUCCUCGCCCCCCCGAGCUUGGUACUUCUCUUUCUUGGCUUAUCUCAGAUUGAAGGUAACCCCUUUGGAAAGUCAAAUAUGCUAUGUGGCCAGCUGCCUUGCUCGGCUUUUCUCAAGCAGGUGGCUCUGCUCAUGGCUUGGUGGGUGGUCUUUGUUUGGACCGUGUUCGCUUCUGCGACGUUGGUGCUAUACCGUCGUGGUUUUUUGUAUGUUUCCUGAGGACUCAAUUCCAUGGUAGGAAGGGCUGUGCGCACCACCCCGCUGAUCACCUUAUAUUUGGGUUUGGACCUUCAUAUUUUGGCCUUCGGGUGAAAAUUUUGACUAAUUUUGAGUGGAGUGUCGCGCUUGUGAGACCCUUUUAACUGUUAAUUUGACAGUUUCAAUACAUGGGACCACACGGACUCAUUUCAUUGCUGGAUAGACUAUAUUAUGAAUUUCGUUGGCCACUGACUGACUACUGCCGGAACUUGCAGUUUGGUACAGCUGGAGCUGGUAACUUCUCCAUUGUCUGUUUCAUGUUCAAUUCCAUGCUUCUAUCAGUUCAUUUUGAUUCUUUAGUGCGUGAAUCUAUAAUUCCAAGUGCUUCAUGGCAUAUUUUGCUA